ACUUACCCUCCUCCAUCCCGAUAUAAUAUACGGUGCCUAUGCAAAAACCCAUACCUAUAGGCGCCGACGUGUGUCUACGUGUAGAAGCUUACAUGUCCCGGACAAGAAAGGAAUGCAAAUACGGUCGCGCGCGUACAGGUCCGCAAGUUUACAUCCUAGGUACCUAGCAGCCUAAGGUAGCGCCAGCCACAUCGAUCAGUACCCAGUAAUCCCCCGAGACCUACCAGUCCAGGGCGAUUGCCCCUUCAAGCCUUACCUUAGAAGAUGCGACUCCGAGAGUCGAAUCGGCAGAAACGCUUCCUCCCUCCCAGUGUCGAUUCUGAUCAAGACGAUGGCACGUCCGACGACGCUUUCGUAGUUGAGGUCGGGUCAUACCCUGGUGAUCUAGUCGAUCACGACAGCGACUCCCCAGCCUCGUCGGAUUUUGAAUCCGCCGACGGCAGGCAGGCUAGGCCCGCGCGCAAUAGGACAAAGAAGAGCCGUCCGUCGGCGUCAACGACAGAUAGGUCGCUAAGAGAAGUGCGACUCUAUCCGACGGAUGCUUCACAAAAAUGGACGAGGUCCUAUGUCGGCCCGGUCAAGAGGUGGACGCGGCUCGUAAGCCUAGUGGAUUUCUGGUUCGGCGAUAGGGACGAUCGCCAGCGCAUCUUCGACGACUUCAUAAGCCUGUGGUGGAACAUGCACAUCCUCCCACCAAAACUUCUGCCGGGCUCCUCCCGGCUAGCGCGGGCCAGGGACGGCUGGAUGCCCGACGGCUUCGCCCAGAACCAGCAAGAGAAGAUUCGCAUCUGGUACCAGAGAUAUCUAUCGACACGGCCUGCGCCCCAGACGUCCGCCCUCAUCGACGAAGCGGCGGCAUUCCGGUGGUUUCUUCCCCAGGCCGACGGCGAGAUGAGCGUCCUGCUUGGCCACGUCACGGAUCAGAAGAAAUACUUCAUCCAGCAGGGCGAGAGUAUACCGCUCGUAGACUCCGGGCUUCCGGUUGACGGCGAAGACGAACCCGAACCACAGAAUGCCGGCUGGUUACUCGACGUAGGAGGCAUCGUCCUCUCUAUGGGGUGGGCGCCGAUACGGGGUCAAGCUGACCAGCUCUUGGCCUUGGCUGUCGUUCCCUUCUCAGACCAAGCUCCUUACCAGGACCCUGAUAUUGCGCCAGUGGCGACUGAGAUUAGAGGAGGCGGUGUUCAGGUUUGGAAAUUCGAGGCGGAGGAAAACUCUCGAGGUGUUUUCCGGCCUGCUCGUUCUUCGCCAAGGUUGGCCCGUGUUGUGGGUUUCCGAUCACUGCGAGUGAUGAGAUUGCAGUGGUGUCCCGUCCCGCUCGCGGGUCAGAGUCAAGUUGGGCUCCUAGCCGUGCUAUGCAACGACGGAAAGGUAAGAGUCGUCAGGAUCGGGCAGGACCCAGCGACCAGCACCACGGGAGCUUUCGAGGACAUACAGGAACCUAUGAUCACUAUCGAACCGCCAAGGGAAUAUACGCUAGAAAUAAACUGCUUUACUUGGAUCAAUAUGAACCGCAUUGCUGUCGGUCUUUCGGAUGGUUCGGUAGCAGUGUGGUCGCUUUCGCCUUGUCGGCAAAUGCAGCGUCACCCUGUUCACUCGAGUCCUAUUAUGGACAUGGUCUCGAGCUACCCUUCGCAUCCUUUCCUAAUCGCGACGCUGCCCUUAGGCGGCGUAUUUACCCUAACCGACCUAAACCGACCAAGUGCUGAGAGAACGUACCAUACGAACAUGACGAUAUCUCUACAGCCGAAUGCACUUGGCUGGAGUGAUCACUUAAGAGGAUACGUAUCUGUGUGGCCUUCAUCCUUCCCAGCGACCUCGACCGUAUCUUUCGUUCAAUCUCGAGUAUUUCCCCUUUCUCGUCAUAUAUGCACCCACGAAAGCCAGACUACCUGUCUCGCCAUAGGGGCGUGCCAUCCGUUCAUCCUCGUCGGAUGUUCGGACGGCUCCGUCUGGGCUCUCAACGUCCUACGCAAGAUAGCAUCGCACCGACAGACAACCUACAAGAUCAGAGUCUUCCAGCACGAAUACAUCCCCUCUCCUCCACCAAAUAGCCUCGGGGGCGAGGAGAUCCCGCGCCGGGGAGCGUGCCGCAUCCUGCACGGCUUCCUAGCCGAGCCCAAUACUCACCCGAUCAUGACGAGGAUCGCAAAGAAAGGCCAGAUGAAACACGCUCAGGCGGGUAAGGGAGCGGCAGACCAACACAACGAUGAAGGCUCGGCGAAGAAGGGCAAAAGCAACAAAAAGACAGCCCAAAAGCCAGGUGGCGCGGGGUCUGACGAUCCUGCUGAAAUCGACGAGGAUAAUUUUACCAUGGUCGCGGGUCCCAUCGUCGUCCACGAACCGCUGAGUCGCAUCACGGCCGUGUCUUGGAACCCAAAUGCGGAAUUCAGCUGGUGGGCAGCGGCCGCGAUGGGUUCCGGCUUGGUGAGAGUUAUGGAUCUCGGCAUCGAGGCGGAAGACACCGAGGGGCAACAGCACGAGCAGAUAGGGUUGGGAGGCGAAGGCGACGUGGCCGGAUCAGAACCCGGCAACGACGAUACCCGCUACGAAGAUGAGAUGGAAGAUGGCGAUGAGGGUGAUGAUGAUAUGUCACAAUAGGGCCUCACUGAAUCACCUAUAUAGUAGAAUGCACGAGCUACUACGUUCUCCUUAGGCUGUCUGUAUCUAGCUUCUCUAUCA